AUGGAGCAUCCACUACUUCACGACACAAGAUUUAACUACGCCCUAAGAAGCAGCCUGCCCUCCUCUAACCUCACGACCAACUCAACCAACGCCACCCACACCUUCAGUGUGUUUGAUGGGUGCGAGCACAUGGUGAGCGGUAUCAUUUUUGACUUGGCUUUACAAUCCAUCAACAUGAUCAUCGGAAUACCGGCCAACAUCCUGGUCAUCGCACACCUCAUAAACACCCGGAAUGAACCUUCCACUUCUGACAUCUUCCUGGGCUGUCUGGCCUUCAUGGAUGCGUACUUCGGCUUCAUGACCAUCAUAUCGUUCCUCAAUCUCUACCACUGGAGGAGUGCAAUUGGUUGGAGGGCUCUGAAGUUUACCUUCGGCGUGAAGGACACCAGCGGUCCGCUCUUACUCUCAUGCAUCUGUCUAGAUCGUUUCAUAGCUGUUGUUUUCCCCAUUGCCUUCGGACAACUGAAGUCCCCGAAAUACAGAGUUGGCCUCACCGUCGUGGUCCUAAUGCUCACCUUUGCCUACGCUUCAGCCAAAGCUAUCGGCGGCAUUCCCAAUUUCGAAAAAGUCUUCACGGGUGAGGUCUUGUUCUCUUUCACCUGGAUGGUGGUGUGUAAUGUGGCCAUCCUACUGGCCCUCAAACGCUCUCGAGGGGCUGGAAAAGAUGAGAUGCACCCUAUGAAGAGGAAAGCGUUUAAGAUCGUGUUGUCGAUCCUUUUCAUAAUCAUCUCUAACUAUCUGCCGCCAGUUGCGCUCUUCCCCUUUGAGGACUUUUAUCCACAUAAGGUCUUCUCCUGUUACGUUCAGCCUGUGGGCUUUGCCUUCGUAAACAUCAGCAGCACUAUCCAGCCACUGACUUACUUGUCUCGACUAGAGAAAAUCCCGUUCCUACCCAAAUCCUGCGUAGAGAAGCUGUGCUGCAAGAAGAAAGAUAAUCCAUCAAAGGCAUGA